UAUAGAUUUUUUUUCUCUUAUUUUUAAAAGACUGAAAAUUUAACAAAAGAAUAUGAAAAUUUAAAACAAAUUAAUGAAACAUUAAAACAAGAUUUUCAAGAUUUAAAAAAUAAAUAUAAUGAUCUACAAAAUGAAUAUAAAAAAUAUUCAACAUCAAAUGAACAAUUCAAAAAUACAAAUGAUAAUAUUAUUAAUGAAAAACAACGUCUUAGUGAUCAAUUAACAAAACCAAUCAAUGAUAUGCAACAAGUUCAAGUUGAACUUAUUGAAAAACAAAUUAAUCAACAUGCAGAUUUUGAACGACAACAUUUAGAAAAUAAACAAAUUCAUGAGAAAUUAUUAAAAGAAAAAAUUGUUGAAUUUGAAUCAAAAAUACAACCCAUGAAAAGUGAAUAUCUUAUUGAAAUUGAAAAUAGUAAUCUUCAACAUGAACAAGAAAAAAUACGUUUAAAACAUCAACUUCAACAAGCACUUCAAAAUGAAGAUAAUCAAUCAAUAACAACUAUUGAAAAUCUUUCAAAUGAAAUUUUCUUCGAAAUAUUCGAUUAUCUCGAUUGUUAUCAAAUAUAUACAACAUUUUCAAAUCUCAAUCAUCAUUUUGAAGAACUUCUCUAUUUUUCAUCUUUAUUGUUGAAGGUUGAAAUUAAAUUACCACAGCAUGAUGAAAUGUCCAUGGUCGGUUACCGACGAUUUGUCGAUAUGAAUACACAUAAAAUACUUUCCCUUAACCUAUUAUUGCGAUUAGAUAAUGAUAAUUUUUUUUCAUCAUUUAUUAUCAAUUCAUCAUUAAGCCAUUUGGAAUCGCUAUUCGUUGAUGGAAUACCAUCUACUACACUUAUCAAACUUCUUAUGAAUUUAGAAUUCUUUAUUGUUCUUUCAUAUACACCACAUAUUCGACGUCUUAAGUUUUUACCGACGAAUAAUGUUGAUCCAAGUAUUCGAAGUAUCUUAUCAAUAAGAUUAUCGAAUUUAACACAACAUAUAUUGAUUGAAAUAUAUUAUGUAGAAUUCAUUUAUGUUGAAAUGUUCAUUAAAAAAAUCUAUUGUCAAUUAAAAUAUUUAUCUAUUAUGAUUCAAUCUCAAAAUAUAGAUUUUCUUAAUGCUAAUCGUUGGAAACAAUUAAUUAUAGAAUCAUUAUCUCAAUUACAAAAAUUUCAUUCAAGAUAUGAUGAAGAUAUUAAUGAUGAACAUGGUUAUUCUAUAUAUCCUGUUCAACCAAAUCAAUUUAUUUCAUCGUCUUCCAUUGAACAUCAAUGGAUACUUGGAAUUGAAAUUGUUGUUGGUAAACCUAUCUUGUAUACAAUUUAUCCGUAUAGAAAUAGAUCGUAUGAAUAUUCACAAGAUAAACUUGUUGAUUGUUUUGUUGAAUUUUAUCAAUCUACUCAAUGA